AUGUAUCACACAACGACAUCUCGAUCGGGAGACUGGGAGAAAGAGUUGGAGAGUGCUUCUCAUUCCGCAUUCAUCUCAAGUCAAGUCACCAUGGACCAAUUCGAUCUCCCUGAUACAACAAGUACAUAUGAAGAAAUGGGUGAUGGAGACGUAGCAGCAGGAGAUAGGGAUGCGUUCGAAAAAUUCGUCUUAGCUCUCUACGGUAUAAUCUGUGUGGUGGGAAUCACUGGUAACUUAUUGGUUGCCAUCGUACUCCUCCGUGUGCCGUCCCUCCGGUCUAACACCAGUGAUUUCUUAGUGCAUCUUUCCAUUAUAGAUUUCCUGGUGUGCCUUCUUGUGAUACCCUUUUUUCUCGCACCGACGCCGAAUCCCACUCCAAACCCGGGAUUCGUCGGUGGUGAGUUCUGGUGUCGAUUUUACGUCUCUCAGUUCCUGUUUUGGUUCUCCACAAUGACCUCUGACUUCUGUUUGAUCACCGUCAAUUUGGAGCGCUACGUAGCUAUCGUCCGCCCACACAAGUACAGGACAGUGUUCUCUAAACGAAAUAAAUACAUCAUGAUUGUUUCGUGUUGGGUUCUGGCAGCAGUAACUGAGUCCUACAUCCUCUUUUUCAACGGAAUAGACGAGGAGAAAAGAUGCAGUUUUAUAGGCUGGCCGAAUAAGGGAGCCCAGGCGGUCUUUGGUCUGUAUGGUUUCACGGUUCGAUUGUUCGGUCCUUUGGCUGUGAUGGUGUAUGCGCAACUAAAAGUCAUCUCAACCCUGAACAGACAAGUCAAGAUACUCACAAGUCGAACCGCCAUCAUGGGAGCUAACUCAAGUGACCAGCGUAAAAUGUGGCAGCUCCAAGCUUCGAAAACCCUGGUGCGAACCCUUCUCUUCUGCGUCAUGACAUUUGCCGUGUGCUGGACUCCAAACCAAAUCUGGUUCCUCCUGUUUAACUUCAGCGUUCCAGUGGUAGCCGGAGGCCCUUUCCACCACAUUUCGGUUAUUCUGGCCGUGUGUAAUUCCUGUGUGAAUCCAGUCAUUUACACCAUGACCAACAAGCCGUUCCGUAAAGGCAUCAGGGAGGUAUUCUGUAGGCAGCGGGACUCGAACCAGGUGGGAGACAACAGUGGAGUCACAAUCGGGACUGUGUCUUAA